UUUUGUGUCUAGAAUUAUUCGCAAUGCUCUAGCUAAGUUCUGAACAAGGCAAAGAACAGUCAGACUAUUUCUUCCACUUCUGUCUAAGAUUCCAAGAAAAAGAAGAAUCCUACCUGUCGAUCCUAGAUUAAUUAAUCCUAGAUUAAACCCAAAGUCCAUAGAUGGCCCCAUUUUGUUUGUCUUCUCAAACCUAACAUCCUACUUUAAUGAGUUUGUCCUCCUCAGGAGAGAGAUAAAGUUCGAGGAGAAGCCAUCUUCCUCUAUGGAGACGUGAUCUAUAGUGCUGGGAAGAAGUAUGAGGAACAAUUGAAGCUUCAUGCUUUCCAUUGCCUGGUUCCUCUCCUCUUCCAUCUAGCUGACCCAUGCCCAGAGGUUGUUGUGAAAACUAAAUCCACAUUUAUGCGUCUUGCCAUAUUAUUCAACUGGGGCUUUCGGAAGGAACUGUUCAGCACAUUAGCCUGGAGAGAGGGCCUGGGAGCUGAGAAUGACAUUUUUCUCUACAUGGUAGAGAGCAAUUUUGGAGAGUACCAUUUGUUCCUCUUGCAGGCUUUUAUGUAUGUUAAGAGCCCUCAGAAGAACCUCCAACGGGCUGCCAUGAAGUUUAUUGGUGGAAUGCUUCAGGAGUAUUUUUCUGAUCUCUGCUUUUAUAUGAACAAGUCAGAUGUGAAGCUACUGGCAAAAAAGUUUGAAGAACUGAGAAGGGACCAAGACCCCAAUAUCAGAAAGUUCUACCUGAAUUAUUCAGAAGAUAUCUAUGAGCUGUCCAAAUAUGUGACCUGAAGCUUUAGUAAUUUGCCUUUUGUGUUUUAAAAAUGUCAUUGGUUUUAUCUUUUAUUUAACAAUAGUGAAAUAAAAAAUUGAGUUUAA